AUGUCCGCUUCCAAACUCUAUGCCGCCCAUGUCCCACUGACUCCGAUUUCUCGUACGAUCCUGGGAAUCGGAUCGGCUGCAGCGGCCAUCACGGAUCCAAAAAGAGGAGAUAUGGUGGCGGCGAUGGGCGAGACGACGGCAAUCGGACCAGUGCUCGAGAAUAUUCGAAAACGAAUGGAAUUGGAUGUAACGGGAAGAAGACUUUUGAGUGAGAAGCCGAGGAUUUCAAACGAAACGAUUGACAGAAAGUGGUUGGCUGGACUACCAAAUGGAACACUCGGGAGGCAUUACUCCGAGUGAGAAAUCAUCUGAACAGCUCUGGAAAUAGAUAAUUUUCAGUUUCCUGGAUCGUCUGAAAACUUCUCCAGACGCGCGACCUGUUGUCAAGUACAUUGAUAACCUGGAGCACUUGUAUGUUAUGCAGAGGUUAUUAAAAUGCGUUUAACUUGAAAUCUAUAGAAGAACUAGUUCAGGUACCGAGAAACGCACGAUUUCACGCACAUUGCCCUUCAGCAAAAGACGAAUAUGCUCGGCGAAGUGACGGUGAAGUACUUCGAAGGAAUUCAGUACGGACUGCCGAUGUGCGUGACUGGAGGCAUAUUCGGAGGCGCCCGCCUACUCACCAAGUACAAAAAGAGUGAACUUCUUAGAAUUCAAUUAUUGUAUUCAGAAACCGACAAGAAUUGCUGGAAAAGAACCUUCCGUGGGUGAUCAAACAAGCAACGAAUGCACGAUUUUUCAUGGCUUUCGAUUGGGAAAAUCAUUUUGAGACGCAAUUAAGCGAUGUGCAGAAAGAACUGAAUAUCGUGCCAUUGGAACAAUAA